CACCAGCGGUAUUCCAGUGUUGUGAGGAGUAAAUGGCUCGCAGUGUCCGCGGCGCACAGCGACCUAAACACUGGCCUGGGAUCCGAUAAACAAACACGACAAAGCGCGGUGCGUAAAAGCUCUCCACGGCGCUGGUUCUGGCUGCACACGGAAACUGACAGUUGUCCAAGAAGCUACGAAGACUUCGACGUGCUUUUUUUUUCUUUUUUGGGUUGUUUGUAUACAUGUGUGUGCGUGUGUGUUAGCAACGAGGAUAUCUUAAUUGGACAUGUGAGUUACGGGAGUUAACAAGACAAACAGCCUUUUCAAAAAUGAAGUUCCUGGCUUGCGUCCUCUUCACUUUGGUGAUGAUCCGAUCCAGUGCAGCACAGUCAGUUUGCCCUGGCACAGAGAACAAGUUGAGCACUCUGUCUGACCUGGACCAGCAGUACCGCACUCUGAAGAAGCUAUAUGAGAAUUGUGAAGUUGUCAUGGGCAAUUUGGAGAUUACCAGCAUUGAUCGAAACCGCAACCUCUCCUUCCUCAAGUCUAUCAGAGAGGUGACUGGCUACGUGUUGGUGGCUCUAAACCAGUUUGACUACCUGCCACUGGAGAACCUACGCAUCAUCCGGGGCACCAAACUGUAUGAGGGUCGCUACGCCCUGGCCAUUUUUCUCAACUACAGACGGGAUGGUUACUACGGCCUGAGACAGCUGGGCCUGCGCAACCUUACAGAGAUAUUGAAUGGAGGUGUUUAUGUUGACCAGAACAAAUUCCUGUGCCAUGCAGACACGAUCCACUGGCGUGACAUUAUCAAGAACCCCCAGGCAGAGCUGCUAGUGGUACCGUCCAACAACAGCAACCUCGGAUGCAGACGUUGUCAUCGCUCAUGUAAUGGACGUUGCUGGGGCCAUCAAGAAGACCAGUGUCAAACCUUGACAAAGACAGUGUGUGCAGAGCAGUGUGACGGUCGAUGCUUUGGCCCUUACGUCAGCGACUGCUGCCAUCGUGAGUGCGCCGGCGGCUGCUCGGGCCCCAAGGACACGGACUGCUUUGCUUGCACCAACUUCAACGACAGCGGAGCAUGUGUGACCCAGUGCCCUCAGCCAUUUGUAUACAACCCCACUUCUUUUCAGUUAGAGCACAACCCCAAAGCCAAGUACACCUAUGGAGCCUUUUGUGUCAAGAAAUGUCCACAUAAUUUUGUUGUGGACCACAGCUCCUGUGUUAGAGCGUGUCCCAGCAACAAGAUGGAAGUGGAGGAGAACCGAAUCAAAAUGUGCAUCCCCUGUACCGACAUCUGUCCCAAAGUGUGUGAUGGCAUAGGGACAGGCAGCCUGCAGACAGCUCAGACAGUGGAUGCCAGCAAUAUUAAUAAAUUUGUCAACUGCACCAAAAUCAACGGCAACCUCAUCUUCCUCAUUACUGGCAUUAAUGGGGACAUGUAUCAUGGUAUUGGCCCUCUAGACCCAGAUCAUCUCAACGUGUUCCGCACUGUGAAAGAGAUCACAGGUUACCUCAACAUCCAGUCUUGGCCUGAGAACAUGACAGAUCUGAGUGUUUUUUCCAACCUGGCAAUCAUUGGAGGCAGGUCUCUUUACAGUGGAAGUGGUAUAUCUCUGUUGAUCCUGAAGCAGCGUUGGAUUUCCUCCCUUCAGUUCCAGUCGUUGGAUGAGAUCAGUGCUGGUAAUGUUUACAUCUUCAAUAACAGUCGUUUAUGCUACUACAACACUGUCAACUGGACAUCACUCUUCAGGACGCCAAACCAGAAGGUGCUCAUCCGCAACAACCGAGAUCCAAAGGAAUGCACUCAGCAGCAAAUGGUGUGUGACCGCAUGUGUUCAGACGACGGUUGCUGGGGUCCGGGGCCCAACCAGUGUCUUUCCUGCAGAUAUUUCAGGCGAGGUCGCACAUGCGUUGAGUCCUGCAACCUCUUUGAUGGGGAAGUACGUGAGUUUGCCAAUGGAUCUGUGUGUCUGGAGUGUGAUAACCAGUGUGAGAAGAUGGAUGGGAAUGCCAUGACAUGUCUUGGCCAGGGCCCGGACCAAUGUGUAAAAUGCCUCCACUUCAAAGAUGGACCCAACUGUGUGGAGAAGUGCCCUGAUGGGUUGCAGGGGGCCAACAGUUUCAUCUUCAAAUACGCCAAGGCCAACAACGAGUGUCAUCCCUGCCAUGCCAACUGCACCCAGGGGUGUGUCGGGCCAAGACUCCAAGAUUGUGUUGGGAUGAUGGACAGGACCCCCCUAAUAGCAGCUGGCAUUAUCGGAGGGCUAUUUAUCAUCGUCAUUCUGGCACUCAGUGUGGCCGUGUAUGUUCGACGCAAAAGCAUCAAGAAGAAGAGGGCCUUGAGGCGAUUUCUAGAGACAGAGCUGGUGGAGCCCCUGACCCCCAGUGGAACGGCCCCUAACCAGGCUCAGCUGCGGAUCCUGAAAGAGACGGAGCUGAAGAGGGUCAAGAUUCUGGGCUCGGGAGCUUUUGGAACAGUCUACAAGGGCAUCUGGAUCCCAGAAGGUGAGACGGUGAAGAUCCCUGUGGCCAUUAAAAUCCUCAACGAGGCCACUGGUCCUAAAGCCAAUGUGGAGUUCAUGGAUGAGGCUCUGAUCAUGGCCAGCAUGGAGCACCCCCACCUGGUGCGUCUACUGGGUGUUUGCCUGAGUCCCACUAUUCAGUUGGUCACCCAGCUCAUGCCCCACGGCUGCCUCCUCGACUACGUGCACGAGCACAAGGAUAACAUCGGCUCACAGCUGCUGCUCAACUGGUGUGUCCAAAUCGCCAAGGGGAUGAUGUACCUGGAGGAGAGGAGGCUGGUGCACAGGGACCUGGCAGCCCGGAACGUGCUGGUGAAGUCACCCAAUCACAUCAAAAUCACCGACUUCGGCCUGGCGCGGCUGCUGGACGCAGAUGAGAAGGAAUACAAUGCAGAUGGGGGCAAGGUUGGUAUGCCCAUUAAAUGGAUGGCUCUGGAAUGCAUUCACUACAGGAAAUUUACUCAUCAGAGUGAUGUGUGGAGUUAUGGUGUGACCAUCUGGGAGCUGAUGACAUUCGGAGGCAAACCGUACGAUGGCAUCCCCACCAGAGAAAUCCCAGACAUCCUGGAGAAAGGGGAGCGCUUGCCCCAGCCGCCCAUUUGCACCAUUGAUGUCUACAUGGUCAUGGUCAAAUGCUGGAUGAUUGAUGCAGACAGCAGGCCAAAGUUCAAGGAGCUGGCUGCUGAGUUCUGCAGAAUGGCCCGUGACCCUCAGCGAUACCUGGUCAUCCAGGGAGAUGACCGCAUGAAACUUCCAAGCCCCAAUGACAGCAAGUUCUUCCAGAGCAUUCUGGAUGAAGAGGACCUUGAUGACUUGAUGGACGCUGAGGAGUAUCUGGUUCCUCGAGGUUUCAAUGUGGCUCCAUCAUCAUAUAUGACCAGGCCUCGAGUUGACUCCAACAGGAACCAAUUUGGCUAUCGAGAUGGUGGUCCAAACUCUGCUGAGGCCUCCGUGGUGGGUGCCCAAGCCUGUGUGAACCCAGAGGCAGCAGGCGGCCUGGUUCCAGUCCAGGAGGACCAACGAUGUAAUGGGAACCUCCAUAAAAAGAGCCUGAGUCAAACUGGUGGAGAGGACAGUGGGGGGCAGAGGUACAGUGCUGACCCCACCAUCUUCCUAGGGGAGAGGAUGCCCAGAGGGGAUACUGAUGAGGAGGGAUACAUGACCCCCAUGAAGGACAAGAGCUCGUCAGAAUACCUGAAUCCCAUUGAGGAGAAUCCAUUUGUCUCGCACCGUAAAAAUGGUGAGAUCCAUGCCUUGGACAACCCAGGCUACCACAGCACACCCAACAGCCAGCCCAAAGGGGAGGAUGAGUAUAUUAACGAACCACUGUACCUCAACACCUUCCACAGCCCCUCUGAGUUGGGUCUGGAAGUCCUGAGGAGAAAUGGUCUGCCCCUUCCCACCCACCCUCCUUCUUCAAUCUCAACCAUGACCUCAGGCUCCCACCUCCCACUUGCUAUCCAAACCAGCCUGCCCCACUACCCCCUACCCACGGCACAGCCCUCUCCAUCUGGCAUGCCUUGCCACCACGGCCCACCCCCCCACAUCCUUCAUACCCACCACACCGUCAAACCUGCAGGACAACCUGGUAAUCCAGGUGGCAGCUCUGCCACUCAGAGCCAAACAGGAACUAGUGCCCAAGCCCAGGUGUGCCAGUCAGGUGCCCUGUCCACCUCAGCCACCAUUGGGCAUGGUAACCUGCCAGCCUACCAGAGCCACACCACCACACACCCUGCCAGCAUGCUGAAGCACGGAGGACCAACAUCAAGUAAAGCCUGUGGGAAGAAGCUGAAGGUAACCUUUGACAAUCCAGAAUACUGGCAGCACAGCUUGCCCCCCAAAUCAUCUAACCAGGCAGCCCUCGAUGGUGCCCAGGGAGGUUCCACCAACGCCAAGCUCUUCUAUAAGCAGAAUGGACACAUACGGCUGGCGGUAGCUGAAAACCCUGAAUACAUGUCUGAGUUUUCCCUAAAACCUGGCACUGUCCUCCCACCUCCACCCUACCGGCAGCGGAACACUGUGGUCUAGCUCGUCCCACUUGACAAAUGUUCCUCAGUCUGACUGUAACCCAACAUCCUCUCUGGUUCCACUAUCCCAAACACAGGGGAGCAGCCAGAACUAGAGCUGCCCCAACUCUUUCCAAACAAUGUGCCAUCUGCUAUAGACUGUAGCCACAUCAGAAGGAGGUGGACUGAACCAAGGAGACCCAACUCAGACUAACACCUUCAUGAUACUGCACCCAGUCCAUUUUUGUUCUGUAGAUAGACACUGUGCUCCAGGUAACCAAGAAUGUGAAGGUCAUGGUAGUUUUGUGCAGAUAAGAUGGACUUGAACUCACUGCCAGCCUCUGCAGUAUCAUAUUCAUGAGGAACAAGAUGUUUUAUUUGGAUGUUUUUAUGGAUCUGAAGAUGAACAAUAUUCUGCCAGGGUUUUUGAAAGAAGCAAACAGACAGAAAAUUCCAACCUGUUUGAUGUCAGAAUGUCUCAUUUUUGCCACUGACCUUGUAGAGUGAGGCAAGACAGCAGGAUAUCAAGGAAAGAAGACGGGAGGGUUUAAUCAGAAGAGGGACUUCCAGUAAGAUGAAGGAUGGAGCAGUGAGAGCUGAUCAACCAUAUUCAAUCUUUUUGCCUAGAAGAUUAUACUGUACGUUCUCAGUUUUCCAUCAGAUACAUGAACCUCAUCUCAUCAUUUUACUUUAACUGUGAUACUGUGAUGGUCAAAACUACAGUGAUUUCUGCUUUGUAGUUCAACCAUGGACUCUUAAUUUGCCUGAAAACACACAGGGCAACUGCUGUUUUGUUGUUUUUGACUGACUGCUGUCUACUUGGAAAAAACUAAUCAAAAAAGGCAUUUUCCAAGGGUAUAAAGGGAAAACGCUGUAAACAGUUUUAUAAACACUGGUUGCAGUGCUCAAAAGAUAGAUUUUUAUACACCGAUUUUCCCUUUCAGUUCAUAAAGAUAGCUUAGAGCAAAGAGUUUCUUGCCAUUAAAGUGGGAGGGUAGUUAAUAAAAUUGCUGUAUCUGCUGAAUAGUGUGACCAGACCAUCCAUGAAGCAGCUGAACUUAAAAUGGUGAUCACAGACAUAGAGAGAGAGGGAGAGAGCAAAAGAGAGGAAACAUCGUCAGAGAGGGGAAGGAAAGUUCAUACAAGCUGCCUAAUGAAGACCUCAAGGACUGAACAAAACAGAACUAGCAGAGCACAGUAAAAACAGACGGCUUUUGUGAGUGUGUGUGUGUGUCUGUGUUUAUGUGGGCAUGAUUGGGAUGAGUGUGUGUUCACGUACUGUAGCGAGCCAGUUUGGCCCCAUAGGGAUGUCUGUGGAAAAAGAGAUGUCGUAGAAUGGAGUCGACAGCUAAAAACCUUCAGUACUGCUGCUAACCAGCAGUAGACUCAACAGCUGAUUUGACCUCAUACAUGGCUUACACCAUGAAAACACUCAUUUUUAAUAUCACUGGCUUGAAUCAAACGCGCACUGAGAGACACAGCUUCUGGCAGCUUGUCAUAAGGUUAGGUCAUGUUCAGUUGUCUUGUUCUCUGUAGGGUUGGUAAAAGUUAACAACUGAAGGAUUUAUUAAGGAUCUGUUGGUGGUGUUGUGAUUUUUAAACUGGUCCAAAAUUAAUUUUCAGUCUGAAAAAAACAGUUUGUUUUUGUCGUGGUUCAUUUAUGUGUGGCGUGACCAUUUUGACUGAUGGACUUAGUUCCUUGUAUUAUAACCAUCCCCAAGUUUGUGCAGAAAUCACCCCCUCUGAACCCACUCCUUCCUAUGGCAGCAGAUUUGGACAGAAGAGCAAAACCUUGCCUUUCCUGAACCUUUAGCAAGUUUUCUUUAGCCAUUAUCAGUGGAACAUUAACAUUGCUUUAUUAUUGUUUCAACAGCUUUUCGUCAUUUUUCUCUGGCAAAACCCUGCCCAGGCUGUUUUCUUGUGUAGAUUAUUUAUUGUGUGUGUGUGUGUGUGUGUGUGUGUGUUUCUCUGAAUGUAUGCACAUGCAUACAUUCUGUAUAUGUUUGUUUCCCCAUGGAGCACUUUAAUCAAACUUGCAGGUACAAAGAAAUGACAUCUGCUUUUACUUACUGGAAUAUUCAAAUUGUUUAUCUGGUUGUUUACCACUUCAGAAAACAGAAGCUUUAGCAGAAAUCAAAGGAAGCUAUUUUGACCAGGAGCUCACAAACAAAAUAUAUUUUAGUUGGUGUUGACCAGCUUCAAGAAUGUUUCCAUGUCUUUUGUUUGGUCCGAACAAUAUUUAUCAUGGUCCUUUGGUGAUACCAUGAUUAUUUGAUGGAGAAGUGUUUUGUAGUCCCUUUUGGAGAGCUAAUUCAAUGAUAAGGAGAUUUAAUACCAAUGUGAAAUAUUUAUAGCUCAUUUGAGUUUGUUUAUACUGAGCAAUGGAACCAACUGCCAAAUCUGGGUUUCAAGAACAAGAAAUAGAAAGGACGAUGUGUAAAAGGAAAAAUAUGCACCUUGGUUUUUCUCUCAUUUUCUGUAAAUUAUACUGCAGAACAGGCAAAAUAUGUGCUUUAAUCAAGAAUAGAUUGAAGCCGUGAUCAGACGAAUGGCAUCAGCCUCAUGCCCAACAAAACCUUCGCUUUUACUCUAAUUAGAUCUGCUCACAAGGCCCCGAACAGAAAGGCUGAAAAACAUAUGUGCUCAUAAAAAUCCAAGUUUGUCAGCUUUUGUUUUUGCCAUCCAAAGGCCUUGGUUCUAAAAGACUCACAUGUUUUUAUUAGUGGAAGCAAUCAUUUACCCUCUCUACUGUUUAAUAUCUCUUUUCUUGCUUCAAAUGUAUUUUGCCUCAGUGUUGAGCUGUGCUACCUGCUGCUAUUUGUCUCAGCCAUAAACACUCUUGUGGCUCAUGGCAGCUCAAGAGCACGCCAUGGCAGCUGGGGUUAAAGACUGUUUCCUUCAAGCCAAGGUGCAGAGGCAUGUAGCCAUGUUGUACUGAAGUGAAUCAUUCAAAAUUUCAUCCCUGGCUCCUCAUAGGCUGUGAUAGUUUAAUGUAUGUGCAAUAUCACCUUGCAUGGUGCCCAAAGUGAGUGUUUUAUUGCCCUCCACCUUUGUAUCUCUUCACAGAUGAUGAUAACAUAUUUGAAUUUCUGUCCAGGGAGUGGACAGCAUGGAAGGAAGCAACCAGAUAUUUUUACGGAAUUCAGUAGCACAAACUGGGAAUCCUUAUGUGUGAAAUCUUUCAUGUGUAUAGUGCCCUAUAUGGUCCUUUUUAAUACUGAGUUUUGAUUUUAUUUUUCCCAUAUUAUCAAGGAUGUUUAUCUUUAAGAAAAAGACUUGAUUGUGUUUUUCCUAUAUUGUUUUAAUUACUGUACAAUAUUUGUCACUGUAGCUGCAAUUUGUAAUUAUUAGCAUCUUAAUUGCACAAUCAUCACUUUUAAGUGGACAUGGUUCAUUUUCUGUGUUUAAAUUAUCAAAUCAUAAUAACUGUACAGAAUCUCUGGGGUUUCCUCCAAAAUUUAUCUAACACACUUCAACAACAAAUGUGAAUAGUAUUUUUAUAAAGCACUGAAAUGGCCGGUGUGGUGAAUUUGUAAAUAAGGAGGCAACACUGAAUUUAUAUGGUCUUCUCUCCUGCUGCUGUUUUCUCCUGCCUAUAACAACCUGUACAAAAAGAGCCGUACAUAUUUGCUUUAUGUAAGUGUACCUUUUGACUAAUGGGAAUUUGAUUUUAAAAGUGCUUGUUAACCUUUUCUCAUGUGGAUCUCUGUUCAGUGGCCCUUUUCUCCAGAGCUUUGUGGUUGUACUCAUUUAAUGUUUCAGUUUUAGUGAAAACUGGAAAAAGGGUGAUGGUGGACAUGGGGUGUGUGGGGGCUGUUCACUUCACCUCUCUUUUCUUUUCCCCAUUUCUGGCAAAUGAGCAUCCCAAUACCUUCUUUUCCUCUGUCUUCUUUCCUGUUUGUAAUUCUAAAAAAAGAAAAAAAAACUGAAUCUAGUUCUGCCAGCUAGCCCAGACAAACUGUGCUGGGGAGUCAGUUUUACCUUCUCUGCUUAAUUUCUACUGAAAAUAUUACUGAGCCAAGUCUGACCUCCUCCUUCCUGGAAACAGAGCACAGCCGUCCCAACCUGUUUUCACUUCAUUUCCAAUUUGUUUAGCAUGUUCCUAGAGGAGAUAUAGUAGAGAGAAGGCAUCAUCAGUAACUCCUCCUCCCCCACAUUAGCUUGCCAUACUUUCUCCAUGCCCCUUUUAUCCAAGACGAUCUCUCUGAGUUCUUUGAAACCACACCCAAAGCUUUAUAUCAUAAAAAUGCCAAUCCUCAUGUUUGUUACAUGAAUCUGUCAGAAGUAUAUUUUUAAUUUAAUAUAAAUAAAGAUUGAUUCAGUAUAUGUUGUGGUGGUUUGGUGAGGAUUUUGUGCAUGUGUCGUGUGCCUUACAGCUUAAAAAGUAAAAUCAAUCACUGAAGCUGUGUUUGCAAAAAACACUGCAAGAGAAAAGUUGUGCAUGUUCUUUAAGAGUAAACAUAAAUCUUAAAGAGAAAGUCAGCCACAUCAGGGACUGCUAUGUAACUAUAACCCUAGCAGGGAGUCUGUGUUUUGCUCAGAUAGACCUCAGCAGGGAGGUUCUCAAGUCCUGAACCCAGACCCCAUGUCUGCCUCCUCGACCCGCCACCCUGCUGCCUGUAAAUAGAGCAGAAAAUGAAAGCCCUGUUUAUUUGCUCUAAUGUUCAUGCUAACAGCUUUAAUAAUAAAAUUUAAC